CAGACCUACUUGGUGAUGGAAAGGAAUAGCUCUUCGGAAAUAAAGAGUAAGGAAUUGGUCUUACACGAUGAAGAGGGCACAGUAAUUCAUGCUCAGAUUCCAUCAAAUAUUGUACCCAAAUUUGUGGAUAGCUUUGUAGAAGGAAACGUCUAUGGUGUGAAGAAUUUUUAUGUUGUUUCAAAUUAUCAUACAUACAAAACUAGCAUGUACGAAUACAUGCUGCAAUUCAAUCACGAAACUAUUCUAAAAGAGUUGAGGUCAGACCAUUUUCCAUGGCACAUGUUUAGGCUAAGAUCAUUUCAGAGUUUGAAAGGAAAUCCAGAUUUAAAUGUCAAAGAGCUCAUAGAUAUUAUCGGACGUGUUGUUCAAGUGUAUGCACCCCAAGAAAAGACCAUUCAAGGGAAUAAAACUAGGCUUAUUGACUUUGUGUUAGAGGAUGCUCAGGGUAGUAAGAUUACCUGCACAUUUUGGGACCAGCAUGUCUCGAAAAUCGAACACUUAUAUCAAUCACCUUGCACCGAGCCUGUCGUUGUGUUGAUUCAAUUCUGUAGAAUCAAAAUUGGUGUAAGAGAUGCUGAGGUGAAAAUUUGCUCUUCAUAUGAUGUCACUCAAUGCAUAUUUGACCUGGAUUGCCCUGAAUUUACAAGCUUUAGAGAGAGUUUGAGAAGCAUUGAUCAUCAAACUCCCAUUCGAAACAUAGCUUCUUUGUCAUCCUUUAGUUACACAAACACAGUGGAUGAGUCUACCAGUCAAGCUAUGGAAUUACUGACCAUAAAUCAGAUUUAUGACAAUGAUGAGUGAGGAGAAUUCUGGGUAGCUGCUAUGAUAUCUGGUAUUGUCAAUCCCAUGGAUUGGUGGUAUAGCUCAUGUCAGAAAAAUGGCUGCAACAAAAAACUUAAGCUUUCUGAAGGGGUUAACAAAUGCUUCAAGUGUAUGCAGAUCUGGGAUGAGGGGAUUCCCCGUUAUAAAAUACAUUUGCGUGUGGUUGACAUUAAGGGUAAUGCUUCCAUUUUGCUUUGGGAUAGGGAAUGCCAAGAAUUGAUAGGAGUUCCAGCAAAUGAACUUUAUGCAAGGAAUAAGGCAAGUAACUGACUGCUAAUAUUAACUGAGCUGCUAUUUAUUUAUUUGACAUACUAAACCCAAUCUUUUUUUUUCUUUGAAAUGGUUUUGCAGAAAAAUAUGCCAGUGAAGGAGGUAAUGGAUUUGGUAGGGAGAACAAUGUUAUUUAAAAUAAAAGCCGGGAAGGAUGAGUUAGCCAACCGUGGCAAGGCCUUUCCAGUCCUAAGAAUUAAUACUGACCCAGAGUUUUUGAAAAUUCACUGCAAUGACCUAUUGAAACUGAUGGUUAAGGAAGGCAGCUAUGACUUUCCUAUAAGUCUUGGAGAUGAUGAUUUUCUUGAGGAUUUUAUGAGUGAUGAAGGUGAAAGCCCAAUAGCACUGUUGACACCUGCUACUGUUGGAGAUGCAGUUGAUGGAACGACUAAGAGAUGUUUGCUAGAUGAAUUCUCAUCAACUCAAUCUUCCAAGAAAGUGAAAGAGACUAAAGUAAAAUUAGAGAAAAUUGAUUGACUGACUGCUAUGUGUGGCAUGACCCAGCUAUUGGACAACAUAAGUGUUAAAUUCAGUUCGAAUGGAUGUCUUUUGAUACUUUGCAGUACACAUAUUUUAGUUAUGUGUACUGAUUUGAACUCGGUUGUUGUUUUGUAAUCUGUUUUUUCGUAGACUAUCUAUUUUAUUUCAGUUCUCAUAUCUGUGCAUGUAAUUAUUAUUUGUGGUGUGUUUUCACAGC